AUGGACCUGUACACCACCUCAUUCAGCUUUCCUCGCUCGACGCCUCGGAGCCUUCAGUCCGCCGCAUCCCCACUUCCGACGGCUCUCAACUUACCUGGAUCAGGGAAUGUUCAAACCAUUCCUCUGCCCAAUGUGACUUCUGCCACUGCGCCCGCAAAGAAGUCGUCCUCAAGAGGUCCGAUCACAACCGCCGCUCAGCUCGAAAAGGACUGGCAGACUGUCCAGAAGCUCGUAUUGGACAUCACAUCUAGGGAAGGUUGCUUGGUCACCGUGACCAAGGAACAGAUUGGAUUUGAGCAAGGUCUCUCACCGCCAUUGCCGGGGCCCGCUCAGAAUGGAUCUGUCCUUGCAGACGAGUUGCCAGUGCCCGCUAGCACGGUAUGGAAUGUUCAUCUAUCGGGAGCCUAUCAGUCCGUCAUGGCGGCUCGAGGUGCCAUUCUACGGGAGCUGCCAAGGGACAACAGGACGGUUCUUAAAGUGCCAAGGACCGAGAUCCUGGAAUCGCCCUUAUCAAACUCUAGUGCACUCAAGGCCGAUGUCAAGAGACGGCUGGAUGACAUCGCCGCGGAUAGCCUUGCCCAUAUUGCCGUGCUGAAUCUUUCUACGGGAUCGUCUGGGGUAGGAGGCAGAGUAUUGGCGUCAACCAAUGGGCAGGUCAGCUCGAAUGACGUUACGGUCGAAGUAGAGAAUGGGACAGGUGGGCAUGACGAUGAACCAUCAGCUGUACGCCAAGUCGGUUCAAAUGAUUCAGUCCCUGAGGGUGAGACACCAUCUACGGGCCACAUGCAGUCGUCGGACCACCAUGUGGGAGAUUCCAACGUCGCCAAGAACGUUGCCCAUGGACUUGAAACGGAGCGGAUAUGCGAGCUGGUCGUCACCGGGUCAGUGGAGAGUGUCGAGAUUGCAAAAGUGCGACUAUUGGUCAUGCUGGACGAGCUUAGCGGUCUUCACGCUGAAGUCUGCGACAUUGACUACAAACUGCACGGUAUCAUCGGGUCUCGAAAGCGAGCUGCAAUCCAGUUCAUUCAAGAGGAGACCGCUACGAAUAUCUACCUCCCGACACAGCUGGUCGGAGUCUUGAACCCGCCGCCACUGCAGCCGCCUCAGUCUACCUAUAGAGGACUAGGCACCGGCAUCGGAGUGUUGCCGCCAAAUGGAACAAUGGGUCAUCCAGCGCAAGGCAUGUCUGAGAUGGGUCAUAACGCGAGACCGAUACACGGUAUGGGCAUGACGCCGCACUCUAUGGGCAAUGUCGGUGGACCGACCAUGGGGAUGGGCCAGGUGAAUGGUUUUCCGGCUCACAGUCUGCCUCCUCGUCAGAAUGGUCCUCCAUCGUACAACCCACAUCAACAUGUUCACUACCCUUACCAGCCUCAGCCAUUGGAUAUCAGCUCGCAUCCUAAUCGUGGAAUGCCCUACUCUGGACCGGGCAUGCAGUUCUAUAACCCUGGACCAGGCUCUAGCCACAUGCAUCCGAACCACCUAGGAGGCCCUUCGCCACUGACAGUCAAUCAUACGGGUAUGUCCGGUGUCUCCGGGAUGUCUGGGAUGUCUGUCAUGUCACCUAUUUCGCAAGCUCCGACGGGCUACCAAACGCGCGGCAUGACUAGUCCUAUCCCUAUUCAACAUCUGUCGCCGCCCGGACACCUCGGUCAUCCUGGCUCAUUAGGACCAGGUCCCUCGCCCGGUCAGACUCACUUGGCACCCAGUCCGGGGAUGGGAGGCGCGCCAGUACCACCUCAUGCUUUCUCACCUGGAGGGCAGCCGCAACUCCCCAAUUUCGCCACCGGACCUAUGCCAAUCAACAAUGGUAUGGGAAUGCCGAAUCCAUCGGGUAUGGGAAUGAAUCUGGGCUACGGGCUGGGUCAGUAUGGUCAAGCGCCUCAUCCUGGAUUGAGUGUCCACGGAGGCGAGCACGGUAUUCUCGGUAAAUCGAAUCACAUAUGGAUCACCGGGGAGUUCUUCGGGGUGCAGCGAGCCAGAGACAUGUUGUUGAACAUUGCGAUGCAAAAGAGCAAACUUGUCAUCUCCCGAGACACCGCCAUUCUGCCUCGCAAGCUUGAUUGGCUUCUCACUGAGCGGAUCGAAGAGGUUCGAGGCAUCAUGAACGAUAACGGAACAUACAUCCAGGUGCCCAAUGUUGGUUCCCAAAUGAGCCUGAUCACGGUGUUUGGAGACCAUCGAGUCAAUAUUGAACGGACGAUCCGGAGCAUCAUGGCUUUGGCCUGCCAAUUCUAUGUCGCGUCGUUCUGGUUGCUGCCCGUUUCCUUCGAUGUGUUAAUGCCCCAGGCGUCACUCAACCCGGCUCAGAUGCAACCUAUACUCAAACGUAUCUCCCACGCGACUGGAUGCGAGCUUGUUUUCAAGAGCAACUGCUUUGAAUUUCAUGGUCUUGAGCAGGAAGUGAGAACAGCGGUGAUGAUGGUGCUGGAGCUGGACGUAGUCCACAACUUCCAUCACGAAGUCCGCUUCCAAAUUGAGCUGGCCAAUGAGCACCGAGAAUUCAUCGCCGGCAAAAAGAAUGGCAAGAUCAACAAGAUCAUGAAAAUGGCGGGUGUCAAAAUCAAAUUUGAGACGUUCAACGAUUACAAUUUCUUGAUGGAUGUCUCUGGUAGCAAUCUUGGAGCGCUUCAAGGCUUGUCCAUGCUUCAAGAGGAAUUACCCGCUGAAGUGUCUUUCCAUGUCCCGGAAGGCUAUCACAAGCGAAUCAUCGGUGUCGGCGGCAAAAAUAUUCAACGCAUCAUGAAAUUACACGGGGUCUAUGUGAAAUUCAGCAAUGCUGAAGAGUUCGCGGCUCUUGGCGGGUACACUGAUAAUGAGGACAACGUUGUUGCGAGGACUCCAGCUAAGAAUGCCAUGAAUCUGGAGAGCCUAAGACAGGCCGUGAUGGAGCUGGUGAACCCAAAGGACAAAGAUUACACCACUGAGAGCGUUUCCAUUCCUCGCCGGUAUCACAGGACUUUGCUCGGGGAGAAAAGUAUCUUCAUACAUGACAUCGAGCAUAAAACCAACUCUCUGGUACGAUUCCCUUACAAGGAGACAGCCAGCGACAUUGUGACCAUCUUUGGUCCCGAGUCCCAAGUCCACAUCGCAGCUGCCAUGCUCUUGGACCAUGUCCCUUUCGAGGCGGAUCUUCAGGUACCCCCGAAUCCCGAGCUGGCGAGAUUGGCGACUUCACCGGACUUCAUCAACUUUGCCGAACGGAUCAAGCGAGAUCACCAGAUUGCAAUCUCGCCCUCGGCCAACUUUGGCCAGGGAGAAGAAGCUGUAUUCAAGUUCAGAUGUCAGAGAAGCAAUAUUGACUUCUUGAGCACUGCACGGGACUCUCUCGAGCAGUUCCUCGCACAGCACAGCAUUCAGGUGUAUCCCACGCCUCUGGAUGCAAGAACUGAGUCAUUCAACGAUGCGUUUUCGCAUUUCAACAGCAAAUUAUUGUCGACUAGAGGCAAUGGCCCUGAUGAGGAAAACGAGCCGUCCGUCGAAAAGAAGCCCAACACCUCUUCGUCAGCUUCCGAUGUCAAGGCGCUCUUCAACGGUUCUUCCAGCCAAAUCGGCAACGGUGCCAGCCUCUUCCGAUCACUGGACGAUACUUCGGCCUUAUUCAUGAAUCAGCACGAUUCAAAAAUUCAGGAGUAUUGGAAACGUAGCUAUGUUCGACCUCAGACUGUAUUGCAAAAUAUCAACGUCAACGGACAGACAAGUCCAGCUACUUUGACAAAUGUGAAUCAACCAUCUUUGAGCUCUGUUGGCCGAAAUCCAUCAAACCGGGGCGAGCGUAACGAAGCGGAGGCAUCAAAGCGAGACUCCGACCCUGUACUUCAGGACAAGCUUCGUCAAGCAGCCUCAGGUCAUCCCCAGUCCCACGCUGUUCGAGCCGUGAGCGCCAGGACGCAGUCCCUCGACAUCACCUCGCUCAACUUCUCACGGGCACUGAGCGGAGCCAACUCGUCAAACUUUGGACCUAUGCCACCUAGUCCAGGAAUUCCGACCAGUAGUCCAAACACUGCUACUGGGCAGUACUUUCCGUCCGGCAAUCGUCCGAUUGGUCGAGGAGGGGAGCUCGAUGUAGAGCUCGAGACCGUCACUCAGAACAUGAGCAACGUCCAAGUGACCCACCCUUGA